AUUACGGGAUAAUCUUGGUGCUCUUUGAGACGCCAUCUGGAUUUGCACUCAUAAAUUAUGAUGGGGUCAAACUUUUUCGUCCAAAAGCCUUGGAGAAUAUCUGGUCAGAAUUCAUCAACAUGGAUACGGCACAAAACGUUGCAUUUUUUAAAGGAUUUCAAACUUUCGAAGACAAGUCCAGUGCCAUUAAGAGUAUUGGUGUCUGUUCUAAGCUUGGUAAGAUGAUCAAGAGUACGCUCUGGCCUGGCAUGAAACUUGCUGUUGGAAAACAGGAAUAUAAAGACAUUAUUGAAGCAAGUUUGGGAAUUCACUGCCUGUUUGAUGAAGCUGUGCUGGAAGUAAUGUGGGGCUUGAAGAACCUUAUCAAGUUUUUAGUGCCUGAUGAAGAAUUAGAACUGACUAAUGAGGACUGCCUCCAGAUUAGCCAAGGAAUGAAACUGGUCCUGGAUCGUUAUGGCUUUGAGGUUGAUGCCAGCUUGGUUAAUUCAGGCAUCAUUGAUAUGGCAUCUACCGUGUAUGAGUGUGAUCUUUUUGAGGAUGCACGUGUUGCAUCGUUGCAGAAUGGUACCAAGCAGCUUGAAGAGGUAUCAGGUAUUGACUCUAAGAAUUGGGAUAGACUGAAACUUGCAACAGCUCUCAAGUUGAUAUGUUAUCCUAAUGAUGAAAUUGUGACUGGCGAUUCAGAAGAGAUGCUGUCAAAGUCUGAGGCAGAACAAUUGGUGACUGAUGCACAUCGUUAUAAAUUUAAGCGCCAUUGGAUUUACUUGGAACUCUACAAAGAGUUUGUGUGGGCCCAUGGAGUUAGGCGUCGGGCACUAGAACUGUUGGGUCCCAUGGUCAAGGAGGCAAAAGAAGAUUUGAAGCUGCAGCAGGGGUCCAUGGUCAAGGAGGAACAGCGAGAAGUGAAGCAACAUCCUUAAUCAUCCAUUAACGGUGUUUGAGUGCAUGCGCCUUAAAUGGAUGGCAGACUAGAACAGCUCAAAAUGAACGCGAUAUGCACGCUUCAAAACUUAGCUGUUUGAUUGCGUACGUGUCGCACUCGGUAGACAGU